AUGGCGGAGCCGGCAGGACCUGCUGCACCGGGGGUCAAGACGGACCUCAUCAACGACGCGGAGCUGGCUCUGAAAGGAAUCAACAUGCUGCUCAACAAUGGCUUCAAAGAGAGUGACGAGCUCUUCAGAUCAUACAGGAACUACAGUCCUUUGAUGAGUUUCGGGGCCAGCUUUGUGAGUUUUCUGAAUGCAGUGAUGACAUUCGAAGAGGAGAAAAUGCAGAUGGCCUUUGAGGACCUGAAAGCUACAGAGAAGCUGUGUGAAAGUGAAAACAGUGGAGUCAUUGAAACCAUCAAGAACAGGAUGAAACGGGGCCAUGUGGACUCUCAGAGGUCGGGGGCGGCUGCAGUGGGCCGACUCCAGAGGCAGAUCAUCAUUGCAGACUGCCAUGUUUACCUUUCUGUUCUGUUGUUUAUCAAGCAAGAGCUGUCAGCGUAUAUCAAAGGAGGCUGGAUCCUCCGCAAAGCCUGGAAGAUGUUCAACAAAUGUUACAAUGACAUCACACAUUUACAAGAGCGUGGCAGAAAGAGGGCUUCCGUGUCUUCCGCCUCUGACCCGCCCGUCUGCAGUCGCUCUUCUUCACUUGGGUCAAGUUCAUCUCAAAAACUGGACGGCAUCAGCCUCGAGACUCUGGAUCGGCUGAAAGGAGCGGUCAGCUUCGGUUACGGUCUGUUCCACCUGUGCAUCUCCAUGGUGCCGCCUCACCUGCUGAAGAUCGUCAACCUGCUGGGCUUCCCGGGAGACCGACAUCAAGGCCUGUCGGCGCUCACGUACGCCAGCGAAAGUAAGGACAUGAAGGCCCCAUUAGCUACCCUGGCCCUGUUGUGGUACUACACAGUGGUGCAGCCGUUCUUCGCUCUGGAUGGCUCAGACACACACACGAGCCUAAUAGAAGCCAAAUCUAUCCUGAAACAAAGAGAGGCCAUCUAUCCCAACUCCUCCCUCUUCGUGUUCUUCAAAGGCAGAGUUCAACGCCUUGAGUGCCAGAUCAGCAGUGCCUUGACGUCCUUCCGUGAUGCCUUAGAUCUGGCCUCUGGCCAGAGGGAGAUUCAGCACGUGUGUUUAUAUGAAAUAGGCUGGUGCAGCAUGAUCGAGCUGAACUACGGUGAAGCCUACAGAGCGUUUGAGCGACUGAAGGCUGAAUCCCGCUGGUCCCAGUGCUACUACGCCUAUUUAACAGGAGCUUGCCAAGGCGCCACUGGUGAUCUGGAGGGAGCCCUUUUAGCUUUCAAAGAUGUUCAAAAGCUUUUCAAGCGAAAGAAUAAUCAGAUAGAGGUGUUUUCAAUGAAGAGGUCUGAGCAGCUCCGCAGCCCCAGUGUAACCAAAGAGCUCUGCAUUUUGUCUGUGAUUGAGAUUCUGUAUCUGUGGAAAGCCCUGCCUAACUGCUCCACUGCCAAGCUGCAGGCCAUGACACACGUCUUACAGGGGAUAGAGGACACCUCGUGUGCUGGCCUGAAAAAUCUGCUUCUUGGUGCCAUAAGCAAAUGUCUCCACAAUACCAAAGAUGCCAUGCAGUUUUUCCAUCUGGCUGCAAAAGAUGAGGUGGGUCGUCAGUGCAAUUCUUAUGUGCAGCCCUACUCCUGCUAUGAACUGGCCUGUGUCCUGCUAAGUGCCCCUGAGACUGUAGAAAGGGGCAAAAUGCUGAUGCUUCAGGCUAAGGAGGAUUACGCUGGCUAUGACUUUGAGAACAGACUCCAUGUUCGAAUUCACUCGGCUUUCACCUGA